AUGUUGAAGGUAAAAUGUGUCCGUGCACAAGCUAAGUAUGACUAUGAAGGUAAGUAUAUUGAGUGUGGUCGUUCUAGGUAUAUGGCUGGUUUGGACUUAGGCUCAGCUUCCCACUUUGUUUCCCAGCUCCACCUCCAAAGACCGCCGGAUUCUGAAGAUGAAAGCGAUCGAAAUCAGUUUUCCGGCGAAAACAACGAUAACUCACAUCAAGGGCUGGAGCUUGGAACAUCCAACACAAGCUCGGGCGACAUGGUGGCGCGUCGGCAGCGAGGCCGUCCUCCGGGAUCCAAGAACAAGCCAAAACCGCCGGUGAUUAUCACCCGAGAGAGCGCGAACACACUUCGUGCUCAUAUUUUGGAGGUCAGCAGUGGCUGUGAUGUGUUUGAGGCGGUGGCUACCUAUGCAAGGAAGAGACAAAGAGGGAUUUGCAUAUUGGGUGGCACUGGUACUGUCAACAAUGUUACCAUACGGCAGCCCGCGGCAGCCGGCUCUGUGGUGACCCUUCACGGCCGGUUUGAAAUUUUAUCCCUUUCUGGCUCCUUCCUGCCGCCUCCGGCACCGCCAGGCGCCACCAGUUUGACAAUAUAUUUAGCUGGUGGACAAGGUCAAGUUGUGGGAGGAAAUGUCGUGGGUCCUUUGAUUGCUUCUGGACCAGUUAUCAUCAUCGCAGCUUCAUUCACCAACGUGGCUUAUGAGAGGCUGCCAUUGGACGAAGAUGAAACACUUCAGAUGCAGCCACCGGUGUCGCAGCCGUCAGGUAGCGGCGGAGGAGGUGUGAGCAGCCAAUUUCCUGAUCCAUCAUCUGGACUUCCUUUCUUCAAUUUGCCGCUGAAUAUGCCUAAUGGGCAACUGCAUAUGGAUGGUGCAUGGACCGGAAACUCCGUCGGCCGGCAGCAAUAUUAG